CUCGACAACUUCCCGGCUUCUCUUCCCUUUUCCGACGGUCGAUAGACGCCGGCCGAACCAACAACGACGUGAGACACAAAAGGGGCUGCCGACGCCCGUUGUCCAUUGUUCGAUUACUUUGUCGCCUGUUGCAUUACAAGCAACGUUGUUUCGCGCAAACAUUCUUUCUGACCAUCAGUCUCUACAAUCCAUCAUUUGUGUGCAUCUGUUCAAAGCUAUCGAACGAGCCUGCCAGCGAUUCGAACUCCAGCUUCCGUCGUGAGCCAUCGUCCGAUUUCUUGGGAUCCGAACACGUUUUCCCCCGUGUUAUUUGUUCAAGCGCAAGUUCUCCCAUCGACCAUCUGUCCUGAAAGCCUGUCAACGACAUAAGCCACCGCGAGUGACCCCGAAAACGAGAGAGACGAAACGACACGGAACGCUUUUACCCAAGCCCAGCCGGCCGACAACUCCAUACUCGAAAUGAACGGCAUCUCGAAAACCAAGAAGGGUCUGGGCGACUCUAUCUGGGCCGCCCGGGGCAAAGCCCAGCCCUCAUACAAAUACCAGUCAAACCAGUGCCAUUCCUCAGUCAUCACGCCCGCCGCACCAAGACCCCCGUCCCCGAUCAAGAACGGCGCCUACCGACCCGCCACGACUACCUCCACAUCUGGGACGCUUACACCCAACGGCAACGGCAACGGCCACGGCAACACAAACACAAACUCCCCUCAUGCACCUCGGCCGAGCGGCGGCCCCUCGGCGCAGCAGGAGUUCAAGCGGUACAUCCAGAUCGUCCGCCGACUGAAGUGGAAGCUGCCGUACCUGAGCCACGGGUACCACCACGCCAUAGCACGGCCUGGGUCCCCGCUGUACGGGGGCGAGACGGACGCCGAGGAGGCGGAGCUCAUGUUCAAGCUCGACUUUUACGAGUACUACAUGCUGCUGGAGCGGGCGCUGGUGCAUCUGAUGGGGGUGUUUGGGAUCACGGUUUCGCGGGACGGGUGGGUUACUACGACGACCUCGACGGCGAGGCAGGGGAACGGGACGCAGCAGGCGACGCAUACGUAUCAUCAGAACGUGAUUGCGGCGCUGGAGAAGGAGGAUAAUCCGCUUCAUGAGGCGUUGGGGAGCGGAGAGGUUGUGUUUCAGUUGUUGAGGGCCAAGGAGUUGAGGAAUCGGUGGAAGUAUGCUGAGGAUCCGGCGGACCCGGACGGGAACGGGAGCGCGGGGAGGGGCGCCGUGGCGGGUGGGAGGAGUAGUAUGGCGGCGAGGGAGAGGGCUGGGACGGCGCCGUUGGAGAGCUAUGACCUGGACAGGAUUUUUAGGUACAUCUUUGCCGGGUUUGAUGCUGGGUAUGCGGUUGCGGAGCAGUGGGUGCAGGCGGAGAUGGGGGCUGGUGGUGCUGCUGCUGGCGGUGGUGGUGUGGGUGGAGGGGUUGUGGAGAUGGAGGAGGAUGAGUUUGAUUUCAUGGUCGAGGCUAUGGAUUGGGAGGCUGUUUAG